UACAGUAAAUGUUGUCAGUGAAUCUAUAAUGUAGUUGAUUUUUAUAAGUGUGAGUUACAGUAAAGUUCAUCAGUGUUUCCUGAGAAUGAAUCUUUCUGAGAGCGUGUGUUGACAUGUCUGACUGUCAUUCUUCUCAUUCUCACGUCUCCGUCCUGCUGGUUCUGUAGAAGUGAAAGAAAUCCCAGAGCUGCUGUUCAACACUACAGUUCAGAGGAAACAGAACGAUCUGAGCUGUGGAUCGGUGAAGGACGAUGGCAUCUGUGAAAGAUCUGCUUGAUAAAUCACUGAAUGAUCUGGUACAAGCUGAACUGAAGAAGUUUCAGUGGCAUUUAGUGAACGAUCAUGAGUGUAUAUCAAAGUCUGAAAUGGAGAAUGCAGAUAGGUUAGACACAGUGGAUAAGAUGGUAGCACGUUUUGAACCAGAAGAAGCUGUGAAGAUCACCGUGAAGAUCCUGAGGAAGAUGAACCAGAAUAAUCUGGCUGAGCAGCUAGAGAACAAACACAAGCAAGCUCAGGCUGAGGACAGUAUUGAGGAUCCUGCACUUGCUGGAGUCAGUUCAAAACCGCUGGAGGCUCAGGCUGAGGACAGUAUUGAGGAUCCUGCACUUGCUGGAGUCAGUUCAAAACCGCUGGAGGGCUCAGCUGCAGAGGACAGUAAAGCUGCUCUUCAUGAGAUCAGCCGCAGACUGAAGCUCAAAUUAAAACAGGAGUGUGAGCGAAUAUUGGUUGGUAAUUCUCAGAGGGGUCGUCAGAAAUACCUGAACGAUAUUUACACUGAUCUAUAUGUGGUGGAGAAUGAGACUGGAGGAAUAGUGAGUGAACAUGAGGUGAGACAGAUCGAAUUCAAACAAUUUGAUGCCAAGGACACACCAAUCCAAUGCAAUAACAUUUUUAAAGUCCAUAACGGUCGACAAAACAAAAAAGUGUUGACGAUGGGCAUCGCAGGGGUAGGAAAAACAGUCUCUGUCAAUAAAUUCAUCCUUGACUGGGCUGAAGGAAAAGAAAAUCAGGAUAUUGCCUUAAUUUUCCCUCUUCCAUUCCGUAGACUGAAUUUGAUUAAAGAAGAGUACAGUCUUAUAGGACUUCUUAACAAAUACUACUUUAGUAAUCCUGAAGAACUGCCCUCUCUUCCUGAUGGUGACGGUAAAAUCAUGUUCAUCUUUGAUGGGCUGGAUGAGUGUCGCUUCCCUUUGAACUUUAAAGAGGAUGACGGAUUUACAGAUGUUAAAGAAAAAACAACAUUGAGUAAGAUAAUAACAAACCUCAUUAAGACACAUCUGGUUCCCUCUGCUCUCAUCUGGAUCACAUCCAGACCAGCAGCAGCCAGUCUGAUACCCCGAAACUACAUUGAUCAGGUGACAGAGGUGCGAGGAUUCAACGAUGAGCAGAAAGAGCAAUACUUCAUCAAAAACAGCAGUCCUGAGGUUGCUGGAAACAUCAUCCGUCAUAUCAGGAAAUCCAGGAGCCUGUACAUCAUGUGCCACAUCCCCGUCUUCUGCUGGAUCUCUCUUACUGUUCUUCAGCCUCUACUGGCUCGAAAGAGCAAUGACAAAACACCCACAACUCUGACAGGGAUGUACACAAGCUUCUUACUUACUCAGCAGCAACAGAUGGAAAACAAAUACUGUGAUGACUCUCAACCUAAAGCAAAUGCCAGGUCUUUUGAUGAGAUUAUUCUGAAGCUUGGGAAACUGGCCUUUGAACAGCUGGAGAAAGGAAAUCUGAUUUUCUACAAAGAAGAUCUUAAGGAAUGUGGACUAGAUGUCAGUGAAGGGUCGGUGUUCUCUGGGUUAUGCACUCAGAUCUUUCAGGAGGAAAAAGCUGUUUCAGCAAGACACGUUUACAGCUUCGUUCAUCUCAGCAUUCAGGAAUUCCUUGCUGCUCUCUAUGUGUUUUUGAUUAGCAAAGAUGAGAAAGCAAAGCUACUUUUUAAGUCCCUGAGAAAAAAACUGAGAUGGAAACUGUCCAGAAAGACAGAGUUUCAGCUUCAUAAGGGUGCGAUCAACAAGGCUUUACAAAGCGAGAACGGACACCUGGACCUUUUCCUCCGGUUCCUCCUGGGUCUCUCUCUGGAGUCCAAUCAGAGUGACCUGAAGGAAUUAGUGCCAGGACUGAAACACAAAACAGAGAACAUGAAAAGCACUGUUGACUAUAUCAAAAAGAAAAUAGAGAAGGAGAAAUCUGUGGAGAGGACCAUCAAUCUUUUCCACUGUCUGAGUGAACUGAAAGAUGAUUUUGUGGAGGAAAUUCAGAAAAACCUGAGCUCAGGAAAUCUUUCAGCACAGAAUCUCUCCUCUGCUCAGUGGUCUGGUCUGGUGUUUGUGCUCCUGAUGUCAGAAGAGACUCAAGAGAAGUUUGAACUGCAGAAAUACAGAAGAUCUGAUGAAGCCGUGAUAAGACUCCUGCCAGUGAUCAAAAACACAAGAAAAGCACUGCUACAGUGUUGUAAUCUCACUGCUCAGUGUUGUGAGAGUUUGUCAUCAGUUCUACAAUCAUCAAACUCCUUCCUGAGAGAGCUGGACCUGAGUAACAAUGAUCUACAGGAUUCGGGAGUGAAGCUUCUUUCUGAGGGGCUAAAAAGUCCAAACUGUCACCUGGAGAUAAUGAGAUUUUCCAUAUGUAAUCUCACUGCUCAGUGUUGUGAGAGUUUGUCAUCAGUUCUACAAUCAUCAAACUCCUUCCUGAGAGAGCUGGACCUGAGUAACAAUGACCUACAGGAUUCGGGAGUGAGGCUUCUUUCUGAUGGGCUAAAAAGUCCAAACUGUCACCUGGAGAUAAUGAGAUUUUCCACCUGUAAUCUCACUGCUCAGUGUUGUGAGAGUUUGUCAUCAGUUCUACAAUCAUCAAACUCCUUCCUGAGAGAGCUGGACCUGAGUAACAAUGACCUACAGGAUUCGGGAGUGAGGCUUCUUUCUGAUGGGCUAAAAAGUCCAAACUGUCACCUGGAGAUAAUGAGAUUUUCCACCUGUAAUCUCACUGCUCAGUGUUGUGAGAGUUUGUCAUCAGUUCUACAAUCAUCAAACUCCUUCCUGAGAGAGCUGGACCUGAGUAACAAUGACCUACAGGAUUCAGGAGUGAAGCUUCUUUCUGAUGGGCUGAAGAAUUCAAACUGUCGGCUGGAGAUACUGAGAUUGUCUGGGUGUAUGGUGACAGAGGAAGGCUGUGGUUAUGUGUCUUCAGCUCUGAGUUCAAACCCCUCACACCUGAGAGAGCUGGAUCUGAGCUACAAUCACCCAGGAGAUUCUGGAGUCAAGCUACUCACUGAUACACUCAACCAUCAAAACUACAGACUGGAUAAACUCAAUGUGGAUCAUGGGGGAGAAUUCAGGAUAACAGCAGGACUACACAAAUGGUUUUUCCUGGGUCUUCGGUGGUGGUGGAUAAACACUGUCAUCCACAGUAAAAAAUACUGUACCCAUGUGAUCUGUGAGUUCAGUACUGACAGUAAAUCCACAAUAAACGCAGUUUGAAAUAUCAACAUAUCCUAUUCAUGAAUUUAGUUUAGUUUAGCGUUUAUUGCCAUUUGCACAGGUACGUUUCAGUACAGGUACAUUGGAAUUCUUAUGCAUUUCUCAGGAAUCAAGUACCAAGUUAAAAAUAGUACAUAAACAUAAAAAAGUACAUACAUACAUACACACACCACAUACACAUUCUACAUAAAACAAAGGAACAACUAGUCAAUUUAAAAAAAAAAUUACAAAAGGAAGAAAUACAAAAACAGUAUAUAAAUAACUUUCCUAAUUUAAAUAAAUACACAUUAUAAUAAAUAAUGAUAAUGUUAUGCGUAUAAAACUGGAACUCUUAAUAUAAUAAAUUCCUAAUUAAAAGCAAGGGAUAGGAUACUCUUUUCCCUCCUUAAUAUCUUGUGCCACUAGCCUGAAAGUGGCUGGAAAGAAACUGUUAAACAGCCGGGCCUUGUGGGUGCUAAUACUCACAGGCCUACGAUGCCUCAGGUUAUAGCCUGUGUCCACCCAUUUAAACAAAGCAUAGGCUGGAUGGUGUUUGUCCUUAAGGAUACUCUGUGCUUUCCUUCUACAGCGCUGAGUGUAUAUAGUGUCCAUGGAGGGGAGGUUAGAGCCAAUAACCCUCUCAGCAAUUUUAAUGACUCGUUGCAAUGAUUUCCUCUCCGCCUGGGUGGUGCUGCCGUACCACACUGUGAUGCCACUGGUGAGAAUACUCUCAACGAGUCCUUUAUAAACAUGGGUUAGGGUUUGACCUUUAAGUCCGGCCUUCUUCAAUACCCUGACAAAGUGCAGCCUCUGCUGAGCUCUUUUCACUGUUGCAGCAGUGUUUUUAGCGCAGCUGAGAUUUUCAGAGAUGUGAAGUCCUAGAAACUUAUGGCUGUCAGUCCGCUCCCCUCAAUCCCCUUGAUAGUUAGAGGCUGUAGGGGAGGAGGUCUUCUCCUAAAGUCCAGAAUAAGUUCCUUCGUUUUAUCAAUGUUAAGAACAAGAUCAUUGUCCUCCCCAUAGACAGUGACCCUGUGAACCAUAUCCCUAUAUGUUGACUCAUUACCGCCUCUGAUGAGGCCGAGGAUGGUUGUAUCAUCUGCAUAUUUAAUGACUAUGUUAUUAUUGUCCAAGUUGGUGACACAAUCAUAUGUAUAUAAUGAAAAAAGUGCAGGGCUGAGACAGCAGCCCUCCUGUACUCACUGUCAACUCAGCUGAGACCUUCCUUCCCAUCCUCACCACCUGUGGCCUGUCUGUAAGGAAGUCUGUUAUCCAAUUACAGGUGGACGUUGGUACUCCCAGUUCCAUCAUUUUGCCGAACAGCUUCAUUGGCCGGAUCGUGUUAAAGGCGGAGCUGUAGUCCAGGAACAAUACUCGUACAUAGGUAUUAUGAGUGUCCAAGUGCUGUAAUAUAUAGUGAAGUGCCAGUGCCACCGCGUCAUCCACUGACCUGUUCGAGCGGUAGGCAAACUGUAAUAUUGUAAUAAUUUAGGAAUGAACACUGUCAGGACAGAUAAUAAAACUCAUUUAUAUUUUAAAAUCUGUACAUUUAAAAGUAAAAAGUCACUAAGAGAUCUGUUAUUGUUAUUACUGUUAUUACAAAACACAUUUUGUUCCGUCCAUUGCUAUGGUUAUCACGGUCAAUUGGAUUUAUUCGCACAUUUCGCGAAUACAUUUGUCAAUCCAGAAACUAAUAUAUUUUAAAUAUUCAUUAUAUAGGCCUACAGAAAGUGUCACGAUCACCGUCAGUUCCUGUCAGUUCCCGGACUACAUUUCCCAUAAUCCUCCCUGCUAGUCACAUGCACACUCCCCACCAAUCACCUGUUGCCACAUACAGCUAAGCACAUUCUCUGGAUUUAAGACUCACUCUCACACUACCUCAUUGUGAGGUCUUGUUUACCCUGUGUAGUAAUUCUGAGCGUUUGUAUCCUGUCUGUUAUUGAUCCUGCCCGUUUCCUGUUUAUGAUUCUCUGCCUUCUGCCUUCGGACUGUUUAUUGUUAUCUGGACUGUGAACGAUAUCUGCCUGCCCUGAUCUACUGCCUGUAUCCUGAGCACGAUUCUGCCUAGCCCUUGCUGUUCCUGUUUGCCCCUGACUAGACCCUGCCUGUACGACCACGCUUACUUCUAAUAAAAGCUUUGCAUAUGAUCUUACCUUGAGUCCCGCUUCGUUACACAAAGAUCGCUGCUGUAUUAGUCAACACGAGAAACACAACGCUGCACUUCUGCCAAAACUUCAGUUAUAAUAAACGAAGGUGUCUGUAUACAGUGUGCUAUUUAUCUCUUAUUUGCAUUGUGUUUAUACUUGGUAACACUUUACAUUAAGGUUCAUUAGUUAAACAUUAGUUAAUAUAU